GCGACAGCGGCGGGCCCCGGCCCCGGCCCCCCGCGGCCCUUUGGCUGCUCCGGCCGGGAGGCCGCCGAGGAGACAGCGCCGCGGCGCCCGAUCUGACAGAAACAUCCUUGGAUCUUGGUGUCUGGACAUAGGAGUUAUCUUCAAUCCUUCUGAAGCAUAAGACCUUCCCAACCAUUGUAGAUAUGGACAAAGAAGAAAGGAAGACUAUCAACCAGGGUCAAGAAGAUGAAAUGGAGGUUUAUGGCUAUAAUUUGUGUCGCUGGAAGCUUGCCAUAGUUUCUCUAGGAGUGGUGUGUACUGGUGGCUUUCUUCUCCUCCUCCUCUAUUGGAUGCCCGAGUGGCGGGUGAAGGCGACCUGUGUUAGAGCUGCAGUUAAAGACUGUGAAGUGGUGCUGCUGAGGACUACUGAUGAAUUCAGAAGGUGGUUUUGUGCAAAAAUUCGCUUUCUUUCUCUGGAAACCCCCCCAUUUUCAAUUCCAAAAUCUAUGGCUAAUAAGAUUUCCAAUGGCCACGCUGUUCACUUAACUGAAAAUCUGGCUGAAGAAAAUAGGUUUGAGAUCAGUAAAUAUUCACAGAUUCAAUCACAACAGAUGCGAUACUUCACACACCAUAGUGUAAGAUACUUUUGGAAUGAUACCCUUCACAAUUUUGAUUUCUUAAAGGGACUGGAUGAAGGUGUUUCUUGUACGUCAAUUUAUGAAAAGCAUAGUGCAGGACUGACAAAGGGGAUGCAUGCCUACAGAAAAUUGCUUUAUGGAGUAAAUGAAAUUGCUGUGAAAGUGCCUUCAGUUUUUAAGCUUCUAAUUAAGGAGGUUCUCAACCCAUUUUACAUUUUCCAGCUGUUCAGUGUUAUACUCUGGAGCACAGAUGAAUACUAUUACUAUGCUGUAGCCAUUGUGAUUAUGUCUGUAGUAUCAAUUAUAAGCUCCCUGUAUGCCAUUAGAAAGCAAUAUAUUAUGUUGCAUGACAUGGUGGCAGCUCACAGUACUGUGAGAGUUUCAGUUUGCAGAGUAAAUGAAGAAAUAGAAGAGAUCUUUUCUACAGACCUUGUGCCAGGAGACGUCAUGGUCAUUCCAUUAAAUGGGAUAGUCAUGCCUUGUGAUGCAGUGCUUAUUAGUGGGACUUGCAUUGUAAAUGAAAGCAUGUUAACAGGAGAAAGUGUUCCAGUGACGAAGACUAAUUUGCCAAAUCCUUCAGUGGACAUAAAAGGAAUGGGAGGUGAAUUAUAUAGUCCAGAAACACAUAAACGACACACUUUGUUUUGUGGGACAACUGUUAUUCAAACUCGUUUCUAUACUGGAGAACUCGUCAAAGCUGUAGUAGUUAGAACAGGAUUCAGUACUUCCAAAGGACAGCUUGUCCGCUCCAUAUUGUAUCCCAAACCAACUGAUUUUAAACUCUACAGAGAUGCCUACUUAUUUCUACUGUGUCUUGUGGCAGUGGCUGGCAUUGGCUUCAUCUACACUAUUGUCAAUAGCAUUUUAAGUCAAGAACAGGUUGGUGUGAUCAUUAUCGAGUCCCUUGAUAUCAUCACAAUUACUGUGCCACCUGCACUUCCUGCUGCAAUGACUGCUGGCAUUGUGUAUGCCCAGAGAAGACUGAAGGCAGUUGGUAUUUUCUGUAUCAGUCCCCAAAGGAUAAACAUCUGUGGACAGCUGAAUCUUGUUUGCUUUGACAAGACUGGAACUCUUACUGAAGAUGGUUUAGAUCUUUGGGGGAUUCAACGAGUGGAAAAUACACGUUUUCUUUUGCCAGAAGAAAAGGUUUGCAAUGAGAUGUUGGUAAAGUCUCAGUUUGUUGCUUGUAUGGCUACUUGUCAUUCACUUACAAAAAUUGAAGGAGUGCUCUCUGGUGAUCCACUUGAUUUGAAAAUGUUUGAAGCCAUUGGAUGGAUUCUGGAGGAAGCAACUGAAGAGGAAACAGCACUUCAUAAUCGAAUUAUGCCCACUGUGGUUCGUCCUCCAAAACAGCUGCUUCCUGAAUCUACACCUGCAGGAAACCAAGAAAUGGAGCUGUUUGAACUUCCGGCUGUUUAUGAGAUUGGCAUUGUUCGCCAGUUCCCAUUUUCUUCGGCUUUGCAACGAAUGAGCGUGGUUGCGAGGGUGCUGGGGGACAGGAAGAUGGAUGCUUACAUGAAAGGGGCACCGGAGGCUGUUGCCAGUCUUUGUAAACCUGAAACAGUUCCUGUUGAUUUCGAAAAAGUUUUAGAAGAUUACACCAAACAGGGUUUCCGUGUGAUUGCUCUUGCCCACAGAAAAUUAGAGUCGAAACUGACAUGGCAUAAAGUACAGAAUAUUAGCAGAGAUGCCAUUGAGAACAACAUGGAUUUUAUGGGAUUAAUUAUAAUGCAGAACAAAUUAAAGCGAGAAACCCCUGCAGUACUUGAAGAUUUGCAUAAAGCCAACAUUCGCACUGUAAUGGUCACAGGUGACAACAUGUUGACUGCUAUCUCUGUGGCCAGAGACUGUGGAAUGAUACUACCUCAGGAUAAAGUUAUUAUUGCUGAAGCAUUACCUCCAAAGGAUGGGAAAGUUGCUAAGAUAAAUUGGCAUUAUGCAGAUACCCUAACACAAAGUACUGAUUCAUCAGCAAUUGACUCGGAGGCUAUUCCAAUUAAAUUGGUCCAUGAUAAUUUAGAGGAUCUUCAGGUGACUCGUUAUCACUUUGCAAUGAAUGGAAAAUCAUUUUCAGUGAUACUGGAGCAUUUUCAAGAUCUUGUUCCUAAGUUGAUGCUGCAUGGCACUGUGUUUGCUCGUAUGGCUCCUGAUCAGAAGACGCAGUUAAUAGAAGCUUUGCAAAAUGUAGAUUACUUUGUUGGGAUGUGUGGUGAUGGUGCAAAUGAUUGUGGUGCUCUGAAGAGGGCACAUGGAGGCAUUUCCUUAUCAGAGCUCGAGGCUUCGGUGGCAUCUCCCUUUACCUCCAAAACUCCUAGUAUUUCCUGUGUGCCAAACCUCAUCAGGGAAGGCCGUGCUGCUUUAAUGACUUCCUUCUGUGUGUUUAAAUUUAUGGCUUUGUACAGCAUUAUACAGUACUUCAGUGUUACUCUACUGUAUUCUAUCUUAAGUAACCUAGGAGACUUCCAGUUUCUCUUCAUUGAUCUGGCAAUCAUUUUGGUAGUGGUAUUUACAAUGAGUUUAAAUCCUGCCUGGAAGGAACUUGUGGCACAAAGACCACCUUCAGGUCUUAUAUCUGGGGCCCUUCUCUUCUCCGUUUUGUCUCAGAUCAUCAUCUGCAUUGGAUUUCAAUCUUUGGGGUUUUUUUGGGUCAGGCAGCAGAUUUGGUAUAAAAAGUGGCGUCCACAGUCAGAUGUCUGUGAUACAACAAGAAGCCUAUAUUGGAAUUCUUCAUCUUUGUACAAUGAAACUGACCUUGAUAAACAUAACAUUCAAAAUUAUGAAAAUACCACAGUGUUUUUUAUCUCCAGUUUUCAGUACCUCAUAGUGGCAAUUGCCUUUUCAAAAGGAAAACCCUUCAGGCAGCCUUGCUACAAGAAUUAUUUGUUUGUUGUGUCUGUGAUUAUUUUGUAUGUUUUCAUAUUAUUCAUCAUGUUGCAUCCAGUUGCCUCCAUUGACCGGGUUCUUCAGAUAGUGUGUAUCCCGUAUGAGUGGCGUUUAACUAUGCUCGUCAUUGUUCUUGUCAAUGCCUUUGUUUCGAUCGUGGUAGAGAACUUCUUCCUUGACAUGGUCCUUUGGAAAGUUGUGUUCAAUCGAGACAAACAAGGAGAAUAUCGCUUCACCACCACACAGCCGCCACAGGAGUCCGUGGAUUGGUGGGGAAAAUGCUGCUUGUCUUGGGCCCUGAACUGUAGAAAGAGGAUGCCAAAAGCCAAGUACAUGUAUCUGGCUCAGGAGCUCUUGGUUGAUCCGGAAUGGCCACCAAAACCUCAAACAACAACAGAAGCUAAAGCUUUAGUAAAGGGGAAUGGAUCAUGUCAGAUCAUCACCAUAACGUAGCAGUGAAUUCGGUCUCAGUGGUAUUCCAGUAGCAGUAUUGAAGGAAGUGUAAAUGUAAGACUUUAUCUGAUCCUGUGUGUUGGAAUGGCACCCUUUAAAUUUAUGUCCCUUCUGAUACAGGGGCUGACUUGAGAGGUUUUUGUUUUGGGGUUUUUUGUUUUUGUUUUUUAACAAAACAAACAAAAAGAGAUUGGCCUGUCAGUGAAAUUAAUAAUCUCUAAGAUCCUAUACCUUCAUUCAGUAACUAAAUAUUCUUUAUAUUUCCACAAUUUUCUUCAUCGUCACCCUCAGUGACACUCUACAGGGUACAGAAGAAAGUUGGUAUUUGGAAGGUUUUCAGACAUUAGUUUCUAAAGACUUAGUUUAUGCCUUUAAAUUUAUUUUCACAGCCUCUUUAUUAGAAAAGGUCAUCACUUAUAUACAGGCCCUAAAUUUGUGAUUGAGAGAUAAAAUGGGUGUAAAUUAGCCUCCAGUGAAAAUAGGUAGAAAACCUGUAUUCAUUUGAUUUCAGUAUUUCUCCCAAAGAAAACUGUAUACAUAAACCAGUUCCCUUUGAUAGCCUAGGGUUAGGAGUGAGUUUUAUGGUGUUGCUUAUAGAACAACUCAGGUAAUUUCCAUUUAUGAUUUUAUGUUUUCUGUACAACUGCCUGGGUUUUAUUUUUCUAAACAGCAAGGUGCUUCACUGCCUUCAAGAGAUGUCCCUCAAAGCUAUUAAAUGGAUCUUAUGCUAUGUCUGGUGUCAGUAGUAUAAUUUGCUUUAGUUAAAUGUUGUAGGACCUUUUCAGUAGGAAAAAAAGCUUAUAUCUUUUGGCAGUAGAUGUGGAUCUGUCCUUCUAAUAUCUUUUCAUACCUGUUACUUUCCUCUCAGGUUUUAUAUUAUUUUAAAUGUCUUUAUUUUCUUCUGUGUCUUUAAUUAUGUAAAGACAUAGGAUUAUAGGAUUUUGUCCUUUUUUUUUAAUUUAUUUGAGUUAUAAUUUUACUCCUAAAAUUUUAAAGGUUUGAUGUAUGUCUGUCCUAUCAACAAUGAGGCUUAAAAAAAUGAGUGGUUUUGAAAUGAGUGCUCUUUUUCAAAGCAAAAAUGAACUUGAUGAAGUUUGUUUUAUACCAUUAGGUGGCGCCAGAGGUCAGAGUUUACCUGUUUUGGAUUGGAUGAGCAUAUUUGGCUGUGGAAAUUUCUGGGAGGAAAAAAAUUGAAAUAAAGUUAGAAAAUAGACAUUCAUUGAUCAAAAGAAAUGUGAAAAAUAUUUUUUACCUUUCAGUUUUGCCUGGUUAACAUUUAAAUUCUAAACAAAAUUAAGAUAACUUAAAAAUGCUUUUAUAGGUAAGAUAUAGCCAUUUGGCAAAGCCCAAAAUUCUCAUAAGCAAGAAAACUGGUAUUGCUGUAAAAUGGGCACUAAACUACUAAAACUCUGUGAUACUAUCCUGUGUUCUUCCUUAAUCAGUAGCAUGCUUGUGCUUUCCACUUCUAGCUGAUCAUUAUUUUCCUGAUGUAUAUUUACCAAAUUGAUCAAAUGUUACCCAGAACUGUAGAACCAUAUGGUUCUCAUUUUUUAUGCUGCAGAGACCUGAUGAUGUUUGGUAACUGCAGAGAAAUGUAAGUUACACUCAGGAUCACUGUUAUUGCUAUGGCCACUGAUGAUUUUUUACACAAAUAUAAUUGAAGUUUUCCAUCAAAAAGUAUGAUACUGUAUUAAUACACACUAGAUGAUAAGAACAGUUGUUCCACGAAUGAUUCUAUGAAGCUAUGCAUCUUAGACCUCUUGAGCUGUGAAUUAGCACUGUUUUCUAUAGUUAUUCUCACGAUCAUUUUAUAAUUUUAUAAUUUCCAUUAAAUUUCCAGUGUGUUUGUCUUCGGUGAUCUCCCAGAACUGUAAACUUUCUUCUUUGACUUAAAUACUGAAGCAUAUAAUUAAAGCAAUUGCUAAGUAGCAGCUUAAAACUCCAAGUAUCAGAUUGUAUUUAACAUCUUUAGGAGCGUGAUCGUAAAGAGCUCUAUUUUUGACACCCUCCCCCCUUUUUUAACAUUUAGAUUUUAUAAGGGUUUUAUAUCACAUCUGUCCAUAUUUUCAAAGGAAUGAGGUUUUUAGGUAGGUUUAGACACAGUGAGUCGUUCAAGUGAUAAUAGAUGGCUUCCAGAGUGUGGUUUGAAGACUGUCUGUGAAUCCAGGUGGGGGUCUCAGCAGUGCCAUGGAGAGACAGAGUCCUCUCUGUAGGUCGCCAUCACGUAGUCAUUUUGAUCCUGAAUUUCACAUUAAAUUAUUUGAGUGUAUACAGACCUAAAUUUUAAAAUCUGUACAUAUAUUAUUUUGAUGUAUUAAGAUUAAUAAAUAUUGCUUAUUUAAAUUUUAUUUAUGCACAUACUUAUAAAGGACAGGAAUGUCCAGGAAAGUAAUUAAUUGUUAAAUAAUAUGUAACUUUUUAACUUUUUAAAGAAAUAACAAGAUUUUUAAUGUGUGUCUCCCUCAGGGUUGUUUAAAGUUGUUUUUUUUUCUCCCUAAAAUACAAAUAGUGGUAACUAUAUGUUUUGUAUCUUCUAGCAUCAACUGCUGUAAAGCAAUGCUGCAAAUAAUGCUUGAAUAAAAAUGGCUAAGCCAACAACAAAAUAAAUACUUUUUAUAUUAGUUUUAUAAUCCUUACAUUCGACAGCUUUCCAAAUUGUACUUAUAUUUAAACAAAACUGUUGCAGUUUUUACUAUUUAUUUUGUCUCCCAUGUUUAUGAAAAUACUGCACAGUUCCAAAGGCAUGGUCACCUAUAUUGGCAUUUAUGUAAUGUACUCUGUUCCCCCAACGGCUGUGGAGCCAGUAUCCAGAGAAGAGCAAAAUUCAAGCUGUAGAAAACAUUCUAAGAUUUCAUGCAUGCAGUUUUGACAUAUCUGAAAAUAGAUUUUUGUAUAUUUAUGGUGGGAGGUGGUUGGGAACUUUUAACAGAAUAUUAAUUUUUUGUACAGUCUGUGGGCAUUUACACAUAUUUUUAAUGUAUUAAGAUUUGGUAAUUAUGUGCACAUUAAAUUAAUAAAAUAGUGACUUCCUGUUAUGAUUUGUGAAUUCCCUAAGACUUUGGAUUUUUUUAAAGUAACUUUAUAUCAGAAAUGAUACUGCAUCUUUAUAUUUUUAAAACUGUAUUGCUGCUCAAGAAUGGUACCCUGAUGUCAAAAAGGCAUAAACUCAGAAUUGUAUAUUCAGCACUGUAAAUACCUUAUGAAAUUUUUUUGAGGGAAGCUGUUCAAAAUAAAGACUUAAAUCAAUGGUA